AUGGCCUUCAACUUCGAGUCGCAACCGUCUGGGCCGUCGCCCUUAGGCUUCCUAACCACGAAUCCCAUAGCCAAUGCAGUUUCCGAUGUAUACAAGUCCUUCUCCGAGCGACGGGACAGGCUCGGCUUGUCUAAUCCCGGCACCGUCGAGACUAUCGCAAAGGAGGUUCAGCGUGAAGUUUCUCUCACCAAUUACAUGCAUACAGGUAUAAGGGCAGACCUUACUAAGGCAGUCAGUCUAUCACCGUUAUUCCAGGUAUCGCAUCAGUUUGCGAUGGGUGAGCAUCAGAAUCCUUAUGCCUUUGCAGGUCUCUUUGGAACCAACAAGGUAUUCCUCCAAGGAAGCAUGGAUAACAAUGGCAUGCUAUCAACAAGAUUUAACUACCGUUGGAACCCCUCCUUUGUCACCAAGACGCAAUUUUCUAUAGGCGCCCAGGAUAUGGCAUCAAUUGAACACGAAUAUACAGGCAGUGACUUUACCUCUUCCCUCAAGAUGCUCAACCCCUCCUACCUUGAGGGUGGUUUGACUGGUAUUUACAUCUUGAGCCAUCUACAAUCCAUCACCAGCAAACUUGCCCUCGGUAUAGAGGCCGUUUGGCAACGCGCUGCGCUGAAUCAGCCGCCCGAGUCUGCCCUAUCAUAUUGCGCAAAGUAUAAGUCCGACGAUUGGAUCGCAACCGCCCAAAUUCAUGCGCAAGGCGCCCUUAACACAACGUACUGGCGGAGAUUGACAGAUAAGGUCCAAGCCGGUGUCGACAUGACUCUCCAAGUGGCUCCUGGCCCUGGGGGUCUGAUGGGAGGUAGCUUGCAGAAGGAAGGACUUACAUCUGUUGGUAUCAAAUACGAUUUCCGCAUGUCAACAUUCCGAGCGCAGGUCGAUUCCAAAGGAAAAUUAGGCUGCAUACUAGAGAAGCGCGUGGCACCACCUGUCAUGAUGUCCUUCUGCGCUGAUGUCGACCACUUCACUCAAUCUGCCAAGGUCGGUCUUGGAAUUAGCAUCGAAGCUGGUGGUGAGGAACUGCAGGAGCAACAAGAAGCUCUUGGUGCUCAGGCGUCUCCUAAUAUCCCCUUUUAA